AUGUUCCCCGAUGAGCUCAAGGGACUGACGCCGGUCGAAGAGAAGCUCAUCUCGCUGAACUCGUGUUACGGGCAUGUCAGGGGCCACAUCACGGUGUUUCCGAACAAUGUGCAGGAGCUGGCCACCAAGUGCUCCCGCACCCCCUUUGCAAGCACUGGACGAGAUCCACAUCUCGUGGCAGGGCGCGGAGAAGCCGGCACCGAGCGACCUGUCGAGUCUCUUGUCGGUGAGGCGGCGGGUGGUCGAGAGGGCCCUUGUCUGGCUGAAGCGGAACAACCCCCACUACGCCGAGAUCGAGAUCGACGCGGCGGAGAUGGGGAGCUGGGGAGACUCGAUACACGGGGUACCGUCGUCGGUGUGCGAUCGUAUGGAGCGGAACGAGCCGUCUGGGUGGGAGAAAGCGCGGACGGCGCACGUUGUGCCGCCCACGGAACGCGCCAUGGACGAGGAGGGCCGGUGGAGAUCGAGGAGCUCUUCGCCCUGCUCAACCAAGGACAAGAAGCCGGCGGCCAGGGUGAAGGUCACGGGCCCAACGGAGAAGGCGCGGUUCGCGAUGGAAGUGACGCCUGCCCCGACCAGAACGUUCCAGCGAUCAACGAGGUGACGUCUUCUGGCAUGUUCGCGCUCGACGGACCGCCAGACGUCGCGGACGUGGAGAAGCUGCAGUUUGCCUGUGACGCUGUUGGUGAAGGUGCCGACGACGGCCGUGCGGGCCGAGAGCGUGGGUCGGGUCCCUAG